CUCCAGCAGCAUCCAGGCCGAAGAGGAUGAGUCUGAGCCGGGGAGGAUGGACGGAUGCGCUCGGUCCUGGACUUUUUUUUGUCCUCGCGAGGUUUGAUUCACAUCAACAAAGGCCUGGACCACGUGACCUGCACGAGACCACUCCCACAUACACACAUAUCCCUGCAUGCACCGGGGCUCCUGCAGCCUGCAGCCCGGCCUCUGCUUCACACCGUCCCGGUCUGUUUCCAGCCAUUUUGAACCUGGCGAGUAACGCAGUGAUCAGCAGCAACGCCACGUGUGGAGAUCCAGAACCUGAAGUUUACUGUAAACUGGUCGAACACGUUCCCGGGAGAAUCAUCAAGAACCCACACUGUCCCAGAUGUGACGCCAACUCAGUCCUGUCCAAAGAACGUCAUCCCAUCACUAACAUCAUCGAUGGAACAAAUCAGUGGUGGCAGAGUCCGAGCAUCAAAAAUGGACGACAGUUUCACUGGAUCACCAUCACACUGGAUCUGAAACAGAUUUUUCAGGUCGCUUACAUCAUCAUUAAGGCAGCUAACUCUCCUCGUCCAGGUAACUGGAUCCUCGAGCGCUCUCUCGAUGGUGUGACCUUUGACCCCUGGCAGUUUUAUGCUAUCAGUGAUACUGAGUGUUUGACUCGUUACAACAUCACACCGAGACUCGGACCACCGACGUACAAGAGCGACACCGAGGUCAUCUGUACGUCGUAUUACUCCAGACUGAACCCACUGGAGCACGGAGAGAUUCACACCUCCCUGAUUAACGGACGACCCAGCGCAGACGAUUUGACGUCAGUUCUCCUGAACUUCACGUCGGCUCGUUACAUCCGACUGAGACUUCAGCGAAUCAGAACUCUGAACGCAGACCUGAUGACGCUGAGCGAACGAGACCCCCGAGAGAUCGACCCCAUUGUCACCCGGAGGUAUUAUUACUCCAUCAAAGACGUCUCUGUGGGCGGGAUGUGUAUCUGCUACGGACACGCUAAGAGCUGCCCGCUGGACCCUGUUACCAAGAAGCUGCAGUGUGUGUGUGAACACAACACCUGUGGAGAGAACUGCAAUGAGUGUUGCCGUGGUUACCACCAGGAGCCAUGGCAACCAGGAACUGUCUCCGAGGGAAACACAUGUGAAAGUAAGAAACAGAGUGAACCUGGUAACGGCCAGACUCUUCGUCUCUCACCCCCCCUCGUCCUCCUACUCUCUCCACUGGCCGAGGACUCCGUUUCCAUGGCAAUGGUCCCUCAGAAGUUCGUGGACGAUCAGACGAGUGAUGCAGUUUCCCGUGACGACCUGCUGUCAGUCCUCUACCACGUGACGUCACUGACGGUCAGAGUUCACCUGAACAACUCUGCCAACGGGCCGAUCCGUCUCCGGUCAGUGUCUCUGGACGUCGCAGACUCUGGAUCAGUCUCUGGCAUUCAGGCCGUUGCCGUGGAGACAUGUGAAUGUCCGUGGGGCUACAGCGGCACUUCCUGUGAGACAUGUCUCACAGGUUUCUACAGAGUGGGCGGAGUCUUGUUUGGAGGGAACUGUAUGCAGUGCGAGUGUAACGACCACGCGACCGAGUGCGACAUCAACGGAGUUUGUUUGGGUUGUACUCACAACACCACAGGUCCUCACUGUGAUCAGUGUCUCUCUGGUUUCUAUGGCGACCCCACAGAGGGGACAACCAAUGACUGUCGGCUGUGUCCGUGUCCUCUGACUGAGCCGUCCAACAGUUUCAGUCCCACCUGCAUGUUGGAGUCGUCAGGUCAGGUGUCAUGUGACCAGUGUCAGGACGGAUACACGGGGUCAAACUGUGAGAGGUGUGCCAGUGGUUACUAUGGUAACCCACAGAUGGUGGGCGGGGCCUGUGUUCGAUGUGACUGUAACAGUAACGUGGACGUCAACGAGAUGGGACACUGUGACAUCAUCACUGGGGAGUGUCUGCGUUGCCUUGGUAACACGACUGGUAGACACUGUGAGGUCUGUCAGCCUGGUUACUAUGGAGAUGCCGUGCACGCCAAAGACUGUCGGGAGUGUGGCUGUGUCAGUGGCGCCCUCUCCAGUGUGUGUGAUGUCACAACAGGUCAAUGUUCAUGCAGAGAAAAAGUAACUGGACGAACCUGUGACCAAUGCCAGCCGGGGUUCUUCGGGCUGCAGAGUGGGCGGGGCUGCAGGGCUUGUAACUGCAGCCAAUCUGGAUCGCUCUCCAAGUCAUGUGACGAGGACGGACGGUGUCGGUGUGUGGAGGGCGUUGGUGGAGACAAAUGUGACCGCUGUAGUCGUGGUUACUAUGGUUUCCAAGGCAACGGAUGCACUGCAUGCACCUGUGAUCACACUGGUGGGAACUGUAACCCUGACAACGGAGAGUGCAUCUGCCCCGCUCACACAGAGGGAGACACCUGUGACAGGUGUGAGACAGGUCACUGGGGUCACAACCUCACCACAGGCUGCAAGCCAUGCAGCUGCAGCACAGCAGGAAGCUCCGCCCCUCAGUGUGAUGUCAUGAACGGUCAGUGUCGGUGCAGAGAAGGGUUCUCUGGCAGGUCAUGUGAACAGUGUGCACCUGGUCACCAUGGUUACCCGGUAUGCUCGGCGUGUGGCUGUGACAUGGCGGGAACAGAAGACAGGGUCUGCAACACGACGCUCGGAGUGUGCGACUGUCGACAAACUGGAGAGUGUCUGUGCAAGGUGGGCGUGUCGGGGCGGCGCUGUGAGGAGUGUGUCUCUGGUUGGUUCGGUUUGUCCACCUUGAAUCCAGACGGCUGCUCUGAGUGUUUCUGUUCAGGUCUGAGUCGAGUCUGUGAAGAGAAGGGAGGACUCAUCAGAACCCCCAUCACCCUUGAUCACUCCCCCGCUCUCUUGUCAUUGGUCGGUCAGUCUAACCUGCAGGGUGUGGUAUCUGGAGUUUACCAGCAGGGCGGCGACAUGCUACUUGACACCCGUCAUCUUAAUGUCAGCAGAUUCACCGGCCCCCUCUACUGGAGACUGCCCCCCCAAUUUGAAGGCACCAAGCUGAUGGCGUACGGAGGACUGUUGUCUUACAUCAUCACGUUCUAUGCUGAAGACGGUAUGGGACUGUCCAAUCAGGAGCCUCAGAUUCUGAUGAGGGGCGGGACUCUGAAGAAGCUUGUUAUAUACACUGACAUGGUUGCCCCUAGCAAUGGCGUCACGACUCAGCAUGACAUCAGGAUGACUGAGCACAAAUGGAAGUACUUUAACUCUGUGUCGGAGAAGGCGGUGAGUCACACUGACUUCAUGUCCGUCCUUAGUAACGUCCAAUACGUCAUCAUCAAAGCUUCAUAUGGGACCAGACUUCAGCAGAGCAGGAUUUCUAACAUUACCAUGGCGACAGCACGGGAGGUGGAGUCAGAGGAAGGUUCAGAGGUCACAGGGGGUGUGGCCAGACUCAUUGAGUCCUGCAUUUGUCCACCUGGAUACACAGGACUGUCCUGUCAGGAGUGUGCAGCAGGUUAUUUCCGUCAGCCUCAGUCUGAGUUGUCGUCUCAGAGUCAGAAGUUGAUGUUUGUUCGUCCGUGUGUUCGAUGUCGCUGCAGUAACCACAGUGAGAGCUGUGACACGGAGACUGGAGAGUGUCAGGACUGCAAGCAUCACACCAGUGGGCGUAGCUGUGAGCGGUGUGCCCCAGGGUAUUAUGGGAAUGUCAGUGGCUCUAUCAGUGACUGUUCACUUUGUGCCUGCCCCCUACGGGACAACAGUUUCAGUCAAACGUGUGAGUCAGACGGAGCGUUUGGUGAUUUUCACUGCACCGUCUGUCAGGCGGGAUACGAGGGGAGAUACUGUGAGAGGUGUUCUGUUGGUUACUACGGUAACCCCUCAAUACAAGGUGGGAGGUGUUUUCAGUGCACAUGCAGUAGGUGGGGCUCCGUCCACUCAUUGUGCAACGCACUGACAGGACAGUGUGAGUGUAAUCCUGGGGUCAAAGGUCAAUCAUGUGACCAGUGUGACGACAGACACAUCCUUCAGGGAGGAGAGUGUGUGUCAUGUGACGAUGAGUGCACCGGCGUUCUGCUGACUGACCUGGACGAACUGCACGACCACUUCCUCUCUGUCAAUGUGAGCGGUGUUACCUUUGCACCAUACCGCCAGUUGGUGGUGCUAGAGAACCAGACCAGAGACAUGCAGGUGAUUUUAUCAGAGAAAAGUUCCGUCAGCGUUCACGUGUCCAGAGUCGAAGACGAGUUGAGUCAUGUGACCUCAGACCUCAGAGUGUUACUACAGCAGGUCACACAUCUGUCUAACAACAUGGAGGAGGUGGACCUGUCCAUCAACAAUAGCCUCUCCCAGAGUGCACUGCUGCUGCAGAGUAUCAGCAGCCUUCAAGACAAUAUUCAGGUGCUGCUGAGGGAGGCGGAGCUUCUGAACCAGACCACAGAGGAGGAGCUUGAAUCAGCCAAUCAGACACAUGUGCUGGAGGACUUAGAGUUCAUGCUGGAAAACAUGAGAGCUGUCAAUCUAACGGCCGCUAACGCAGCAGCUCUUCAGGAGCUCAGCCUAUCAGAGUCUCUCGCUCACUCGCUGCAGGUGGACUUCCUGUCCAGCAGGGGGCAGAUUGAAAACAGGCUCCGCCUCCUCUUCAACUCCCUCACUGACGCCAUGGAAACACUGCAAAACACACACAUGCACUUAAACAAUACUACACAACGAAACACACAAACACACAAUCUGCUGAACAACACACACACUCUGCU